AUGAGCUGUGAAAUUGGGCAAAAAAUUGUUGGACGUAGAGUAGUCAUAGAAACACAGACUGGGAAAGUCACUGGUGAUGUUCGUAAUGUGGACACCAGUUAUAGCAAAUUGUCUCUGGUAAAUGGUGUUGCAGUUCCAACUGGUGUUAAACUUCCUGAGCUAUAUCGAAUUUAUGUCAAGGAUAUUGUUUCAAUUACACUUGCAGAUGAAGAGGUAUUAAAUUCAGAAAACUCUGCUUCCAAUUCCAGCCAGUUGCCUUUAAAAUCACCACCUCAUCAAGAAAAGAAAACAAAACCCUUAUUAUUAUUAUCUCAAAUUGAAAAGAAAGGCAGUGCAGUUCUAUCCCCACAGCUGACAUCUUUUAGCAAUGAUAGAAAAAAUCAACCCCUAGUAAUGCAGAAGGUUCUCCCAGCUCAUAUAAAAACCCUGGAUAAUAGCAUACAAACCGAUAUAUUAACGAACAAAGUUCCAUUUACGAGAGACGGAGAUGCUAGUCUUUCAUCAACCCUUCCAAAUUACACUAUAAUUGAGGAAAUCGAUGGAUUGUACAACAGUGCGAUUGACAGGCUUGAAAAGGAAUCGGUGAUUGGGUUAAGCAUGGAAGGCAUACGAAUUGGGCGAUUUGGUCUUGUAUGUUGGAUUGGCGUAGCAAUGAGCGAUCAUGCUUUCCUCUUUGAUGUGUGCAGCUUAGGCCCUACUGGUGUCAAACUAGGACUAGCCAAGAUUCUUGUCAAUGACAAAAUAGUUAAAGUCACCCACGAUUGUCGUUUUAUGUCAGAUGCCUUUAUUCAUCAAUAUGGAGUCAAAUUAAAUAACGUCUUUGACACGCAAGUGGGGGCGUUGGUAGUUGAGAAGAAAAAAUACGGUCGCUUUAGUAAGUUCGUUCCUGGGCUUCCGAGAUGUCUAAGUGACUUCUUUAGUCUGCCAAGUAACCUAAUGUACCAUCCAAGAAAAAGACAAGGACACGAUAUGGAGGAUGAGGCUAUAUGGAAGCUACGUCCGUUGCCACAGCACCUUGUAGAAGGGGCUGUUUUCAAUGUUUGUUGGCUGAAAAGACUACGUUUAGCUAUUAUGGAAACACUUCUUACUGAAGUUACUCUUGGAACCAGUUUGUAUCUGAAGGAAGUCGGGGAUCUAGAAGCAGAAUCUGUUUCGGAAAAAAGGGUGGCAGCUCAUCUGAUUCCAAUGAGUUUUAAACAGUUGGCUUCGCAACCAAAAAUAUUAUCUUCAAACGGAGAUCUCCAUGAGGAUUUCCAUGACAGUGUCCCACAAAACGGAUGUGAUCCAUACGUCUCAUUUACGCGACAUAUUUCUCACGUCCGCAAACAUUAGUUAUGUCUUCUUAUCCGCGAGUCGUCAUUUAAAUCAUUCCACUAGCUACAUAGCACAAAAUAAUAGGUAUGCUAGUACGUUAGGGCUCUGUUGACAAUUUUAAUAAUUCCAUAUGGAAUGAAAUGCCCGUAUACCACGCCCGCAGUCCCGUGUGUGAUAGAAGAACAGAAAUGGAAUAAAAAACCCAUACUCGAUUUUGAA